AUGUCUGAUUAUAUAUAUAAAGAUAACUAUAAUGCAUUCUCUUCAACUUAUAAAGAAUCAUCUAGAGAAUUAGAACUUCUUAUAGAUGAUAAGAAAUAUUUUAAAACUGAAAAGACAAAAAAUAGUUUUUAUAAUAUUUGUCAACUUUGUAAACAAAAAAAUGUUGUAGUUAAAUAUAUACAUAAUUUUUCAACUGGAAAUAUACUUGGUCAUCUUUGGACUAAACAUAGAAUUGAUAAAGAUUAUUCUGAGGAAAUGAAUACCAGCAGCUCAAUCAUUAAAGCUAUAUAUGUUAUUACUAAACAUCGACAAGAAAAUUUGAUACAAUGUUAUUGUUCAAUAGUGCAGCCUAUUGAUGUUAAUAAUUUAUAUAAUUUGGUCAAGAUAAAAAACUUAAAAUUUAUUGAUAAUAUCAAUAUAAAGAAAAAUGUAAUAAAUGCAGUACAAAGACUUUGUAUUGAGAUAGAAUAUCACAACUCUAUUCAAGAAAUUUUAAAAAAUGAUGAGUUUGCCAGAUCUUCUAGUAUAUCAACUUUUAAAUCCACAAUGGAUAAUAAUUUGAUAACAGACUUAUAUGAUAAUGAAAAAUCAAAUAAAAUGAUUAAAGAGCCUAAAGUUGAUCAUUAUUUUCAUGAAUCUACUUAA